CCGGCAGAGGGGUACGCUGUCCCCUCCCUGAGCCGCAGCCGGGACUGGCCCCUCUUCCGGCAGCGGGGCCCGUUCCUGCUGGCGAGCGGCCCGGGCUCUCCUCCCGCCCGUCAGACCGGACCGCCGCCGGGUUCGUUUCCCUCCUUUGCUGGCAGCGCCGCGUCGUUGGAAACGUAACCCCCGGGUCUGCCAGGGUUCCUUUCUGAGGGAGAGGUAGCAAGGCAAAACAAGACCACAAUGAAACGCGAAGCAUUUCUACAAGUGGUGUCUAGAGAGUCUAUUGAAGACUUCUUGCGUUAUACUCAGAAUCCUAAAAAUAUAUUUGAUCCUUUCGACUUGAAUGAACUACUUCAAGAGUUGCCAAGAAAGCAAAAAGAAGUACUAUGGGAGAAACUGACACAGCUAUUGACAGAGACUUUGAUGGAGAACCCUGUGGAAACGUGGAAGGAGGUUGAAGAUGAUGAAAAUAAUGAUAACAUGGAAAUUGAGAGAGCUCAACAAAUGAAACAAACUGUAGCUGUGAUCCAGGGAGUGGCAGCUGUAGUUACUGCUUCCAUACCUGCAGUGGAUGAAACUGUAAACUACAAAGCUCUUCUAGAAUGUGUUUUUAUAUUAAACGGUAUUCUUUCUGUGUCACCUGAACCUGAAAAAAUCCUACAGGGCGUUAUCCAACGUGUAUGUGAAAUGUGGUGGGAGAAAGGCCUGGAAGGGAAGGAGCAGCUUGGGAAGACUCUGUUUAUCAUUCUGCUGAGAAAAAGCCUGACUAAAGCUGCUACGGGGGCAGAUGUUGUUCGUCUAUGGAAUCUACAUCAGACAUUACUUUGUUUUGAUUACGAUUCAGAGGAGAGUAAUGAGGUCAAGGAUCUGUUGCUUCAGUGUUUUAUGAGUGUAAAACACAUCAAAAAAGAAGAGGGAAGAAGAUUCUUGAGCUUUUUGUUCAGCUGGAAUGUAAACUUCAUUAAAAUGAUACAUGGAACUGUUAAAAACCAAUUACAAUUCUUUCCAAGAUCCUUGAUGGAAUACAUUUCAGAAGUUUACUUCAGGGCCUGGAAGAAGGUGUCAGGAGAAUUCUUAGAGAUACUUGAACAUAACUGCAUUCAGGAUUUCAUGCAUCAUGGAAUUCAUCUUCCCAGAAGUUCUCCUGUUCAUUCUAAAGUUAGAGAGAUGCUGAGUUAUUUUCAUAAACAAAGUAAAGUUCGUCAAGGAGUUGAAGAAGUGCUCUAUAGAUUGUAUCGACCCAUCCUUUGGAGAGCACUGAAGGCCAGAAACUCAGAAGUUCGAUCAAAUGCAGCAUUUUUGUUUGUUGAUGCUUUUCCUAUUCGUGAUCCCAGUUUUAACACUGAAGAAAUGGAGAACGAAAUUCAGAAACAGUUUGAAGAACUUUUUAAUCUCUUAGAAGAUCCUCAUCCAGUUGUCCGCUCUACAGGGAUACUCGGAGUUACUCAGAUAACAUCCAGAUACUGGGAGAUGAUUCCUCCAACAAUUCUUGCUGAUCUUUUAAAAAAACUAACUGAAGAGCUGGCAUGUGAUAUAACAUCUGCUGAUGUUCGAUGCUCUGUUUUUAAAUGCAUACCAUUAAUUUUGGACAACAAGCUAAGCCACCCAUUACUGGAACAGCUCCUGCCAGCAGCCAAACACAGUCUUCAUGACAAUUCAGAGAAAGUGCGGGUGGCUUUUGUUGAUAUGCUGCUGAAAGUCAAGGCUACCAAGGCUGCUAAGUUCUGGAAAAUCUGUCCCAUGGAGCAUCUUCUGGCCCGUCUUGAAGCUGAUUCACGGCCCGUGUCGCGCCGCAUAGUCAAUCUCUUAUUCAACUCUUUCUUUCCCAUUAACCACCCUGAGGAUGUGUGGUGUGAGCGCUGUGUUACUCUCAUCCAGAUGAAUUCAGCAGCAGCGAGGAAGUUCUAUCAAUAUGCUUAUGAAUAUACUGCCCCUACAAAUAUAGCAAAAUUGAUGCUUACUAUUCGGCGCUGCUUGAAUGCAUGCAUCCAGAAAGCAAUGAAAGAGAGUCUUCAUGAUAGUGAUGAUGAUGAUGGUGAAAGUGAAAAGGAGAAUACAAGUGUGUUGAAUAAUAUGUUGUCAAUAAACGACGUGGCCACCAUGGUGAGUUUAUUGGAGAUUACUGUAAUUCUCUGGAGAAGUAUUCAGAAAGCACUAGAUCACAACGAAGAGGCCAAAGAGUACACUAUCAGAAAAUUUGCUUCUGUACUUCCUGAAUAUUUUAAAGUGUUUAAGGAUGAGCGUUGUGUGACUCCAUUGGUUAUUCUGGCAUCCUUUAUGCCCCCUGCUGCUGUUCCUACAUUCAGCUAUGGUGUGAUCUCCAGACUGAGAAAUAUUGACAAUGGAGCUGACCAAAGCAGAUAUUCAACCCUGAUAGACUGCAUGUGUCGCUGGGGUCAAGUGGGACACAUUAUGGAAUUAGCCUGUGAUUGGCUGUCUGAAGUGCUAACCCCCAAAAAGAAUAUUAAAACAACCGAACGACGAGUACGUAUCCAUGUAACACAAGAAUCGAAGCCAGAAUUAGCAAUUGAUUACAUUGAAUAUUUAUUGACUCAUCCUUUUAAUCGUCAUUGCCUACUCUCUGUUCCUAAAAAGAAACUGAAGAAGCUUUUGAAAAUUCUCAGUGCGGCAAAGGAGGUUCUUGACUCAAUUCUGAAAGCAGCUGAUGCAGAUUGUGGUAGCUGCAGUCAAGCAACCAGCCUAAGAGCCUUCAGCCUCUUUUGCAGGUUGAGUGUUCAUCUUCAGAACAAGUUUUCUGAAGAAGGAGAAGAUUACCUCUCUCUUCUGAAGGAGACAGGUGCUUGGAUAGAAAGUCAAGUUGUGCCUUUUAUACUAGCAAGCAAUCAAGAGGAUGGCAUUCCAAACCACAGUAAUGUUUCUGAAUUAAUUAUCCAGGCCUACCUGACGGUGUGUAAAGAUGUCAUCAUGGUUGGCCUUGGCGAUCUCGCGUUUCAAGCACGGCUGUUAGAUAUGGCCCUUUCAGUUGUACAAACAGAGAGAGGUGGCUUUUGUGCUCCAAUGUUACUGUAUAUCCUAAAAGAAAUUAUUGAAGCUUCUUUAAUUGGGAAUGCUGAGACAGAUGAAGUGGCAAAUCUCUUCCAUGCUGUACAGACCGUCUUCCAGAAAGUUUUAGAAUGCAUGGCACGGAGACUCAAGAGACAGCAGGAAGAAGGGAUUCAGUUGGUUCACUUGAUUCAAAUGCCUUUGGGAGAAUUCAUACAUGCAGUCCAGUGCUGGCAUUCAUCGUGCCCAGCAGUUCACCAAGGUGUACUCUCUACUCUCCUGGCAGCAAUAGUCGCAGAGAUAAAUUAUGUGCUACAGAAGGCUCCCAGUGAGAAAGACUUAACGAUCCCAAAGACUAUUUCAGAACUUCCUCCUCUUUCAAGCAGUAUAAUGGCCAUAAUUAUGAAGUCAGUUAAUGUUGUCAGAUCAUUUUUAAAUGAAUUAAUGGAAUGUAUUCUCUCAGAAGAAAUUGAAGGGAUUUUUAGUCUCACAGCUAGUGUUUGCAUUGUGAUUAUAAUUAAAGGUAAGCACAAAACUUCCCUUCUGAAGGAUAUUGCACCUGCCAUUCAAAGGACCCUGCUGACGUGCAAGGAUGCUGCCGCGGGAGAAGCUGGCAGCACCGAAAGAAUCCUGUAUGAAUCAUGUCUGAAAAUUUUGGAUGACUUUUUGAAUCUUUGACCACGUGGAAGCUUUUGUCAUGAAAAUUAAAGGAAGGAAGAUGUAUUGUUUUUUAAAAAAUAUUAUCUUGUAAAAUUAUCAAUAGCUAAAGUUUGUUUUCUGUUAUUCUGUACAUUUAACAGGGACAAAUGUAUGAAAGUGUAUAUAAAAAUCAUGUAAUAGUAAAGAUUCUUUCAAAUAGCUGUAAAGACGUUAUUCUGUAUAAAAAUAUAUUUUUGGGGGGUAUAAAAUCAAUAUAUUUGUUUUUAUAAAACAAAUAAUAAUUGUAUCGUAUAUACUUUGAAGUAGCACAUAACCUCAGUUCCUGGGAAGACUAUAAAGCCUGUUCCUUGAGGUUAUGGAAAUGAAUUUCUUUUCAAGACACAUGAAGGGCUAUAUGUUGAUUGAGAGUAGCCAUCAUGAAUUCAGCAGAGGCAAACUCUGCAACUAAUCUCAUUUCCCUCCCUUUUGUGGAAGAAGAGGGAGCAGAGAACGUCAUGUUUCCUGUCAUCAGCAGAGACUUGCACAUGGGCUUAUAGUGUCCUCACAGCCAAAUGGAGAGAGGUGGACAGGAAAUGGACUUGAACCAUCAGACUUGAAGAAUAAUGAUGCUACACCACCACGUUGAAAGCCGGUUACUAGUGGUGCUCCUCAGGGCAGCUACUGCUGCCAGUAUUAUUUAAUAUUUUUAUUAAAAGCUUGAGCAAUGGAAUGAAAUGCAGUCUCAGUCUGUUGGUAGAUGACACCAACUUGGGAGCAAUGUAUGAUACAUUGAGGGAUAGAGUGGCCCCAUUCAAGGGGAUCCUGACAAGCUGGACUUAAGGAUCAACAAAUCCCAUGAUGUUCCACAAAGACCUGUGCUUUUCUACCUGCAGUGGACUAAUCCUGUGUAGCAACAUAAACAAGUGCAAAAGGAUGAUUUUGUUGCUGUCUUCACCUGCCUGAAUGAGGAUUAAGAAAAGCUUUUCUUAGAGGUACACGUGAAGAGAAUGUGAGACAACGGAGACAACUCAGAAUGAGAGAAAUUCGUGUUGGACAUAAGAAAAAAAUUUUCAUUGUAAGAGUGAAUUGAAACUGGAAAUGGAAGAGGAAGAGGCUGCUCAGGCUGUGGAACAUCCCUCCUUGGAGAUGUGCAGAACUUGACUGACAAGGCCCUGACCAUCAUCUCAUAAUUUUGAAGCUGGCCCUGCUUGAGUUGAGGAUUAGAGCAGGUUAUCUCCUCAGCUUCCUCCCAACUUGAAUAUUGAUGUCAUACAGUGAGAAGUGUCCUGGUGGGGAAGUGCCCAUGUUAUUGCACAUAGAUGUGAUUAAAACGUAAGUCAAAUUGUUUUAUAUUAACCUAUUUUUAUAAAGUAAUACUAAUAAUGCAGAUAUGUAAACCACUUAUUUAAUUUUGUUAAUGCAACCAGAUGCUCUCCUAGGACUAGAAUGCUGACUGUAGAAUGUUAUUUUGCCUUAACUGAGACAUCUGUACAUUAGAUGUUUAAGCUCAUGGUGGGGUCUAACCCCAGCCAACAACAGAGCACCACACAGCCGCUCCCCGGUGGGAUGGGAAAGAAUUGUGAGGGUAAACAUGAGAAAGAAACUUGUGGGUUGAGAUAAAACCAGUUUAAUAAUUAAAAAGAAAUAAUUUUUAAAAAUUGUACAGAAACAAAAAAAAAUAUUAGCAGAGAGACAGGAAAAUAAAUCCAAACUAUAGCCCCAUAGUGGCUACUAUGGAGAAAUUUUACUCUACCCCAGCCAAAGCCAGCACAGCCCAUAAUGCUGCAUUUUUGUCUGUUUCAGAAGGAGAUCUGACGGGAAUCCCCAGAAAAUGAUUCAGCCCCAGAGUAGAAGUAGCAUUCAGUGACCAGCUUAGACCUGGAGAGCUAACGCUUAGUUACCUGCAAUUAUGUGUCUGUGCAAAUGGCUUACUGAGGUCUCCAGUGUCACUGAGUGGCACUGAAAUGGAAAUUAAUAAAUUCAGCCAAA